AUGCUAUCACAAAACGAAAUCGCGAAGGACGGCAGGCACCGAAUUCUGCUGGUUUUUUCACUCAUCAGCCUUCAGGUCUCGCUUCGCUCAGCCACCCUCAGGCAGCACCUGCCUGCCUAUGCUUCGUCGCUCGCAGACAUACUGUACUGCCUAGAAACUACAGCGCUUGGGGGUCGCAAACUACAUAGUAGCACAAGCGACCCACAAUCCCUCGUGUUAUAUUUUUGUCUUUACCAGCCACAGCUGAUCUCUGCAACUUCGCUCACCGCUUUCAACGUCCGACUGGGAACGACGAGUAUGCCUGCUCAGGAGGCAUAUCUAACUGCUUCCAACGACAAUCUCUCCGACUGGCCAUCUUAA